AUGUCCGAUGUUACCACCGCCAUCACCACGGCCUGUGCCUACCAGGCUCGUGACGACGAUACUUUGGCCGCGACCUCUGGAUCCGACAUUCGUCCCCGCGUGGAACCUCGAAAGCGACGACACUCUUUCUUCAUUCCCCGGAGACGAUCUAUCGUUGGCCAUAUCAUGGAUGGCGAAGAGGGCCUCCUCCUCAAGGUGGAUUUGUUCCUCUCUGAGCUCGAGCGCCGCCUCGACUUUAUCGAGAACUAUGUCGACCUGAGCAAGGACUCGAGCAUAUCCCGCGCCUUUUCUACCCUCCAGACAGUCCGCACACGAUGUUCCCAUGCCUCUGAAGAAGUCCUCGGCGCAGGACGACGUCGGUUACACAUCAUGGUCGAGACCCUAGAGACGAGAUACCAUGAGACCCUCGAGGCUGCCGAGUCUCUCAACGAAAAGGCUCGUGUUGGCGUGGACCUGCUCGAGAAUAUGCUCUCUGAUUUCGAGACACGCGCUUAUAAGCUUCGCGAGCAGGGCUUUGCAAAUGCCGCCAACGCCGCCGAGGCCUUCAUGGACGAAGGCCGCCGGGUCGCCAACGAAGGUAUCGAACGUGCCAUUCAGGCUGCCCUGUCCCUGGAGGAGCACAUCCAGCAAGCUAUUGUUCAGGCCAAGGAGGGCCGCCUCAUUUGCUACGAAGACCUCCCCAUGCCUUGGAGGAAUAACCCUCACAUCAAGAAGGGAUAUCGCUUCACUGAAUCCAAGCUUGAGUGUGUUCGUUCCGCAUUCAACCUGUCCAACGAGCUGGUCAACAUCUGGUCCCACGCCCUGGGCCUUAUUCUGGUUCUGGCCAUCGCCCUCUACUUUUACCCGAGUAGCAGCAACUUUACGCUGAGCACCAAGACCGACGUCUUUGUGGCAGGCGUCUUCUUUGUCAUGGCUUGUCUGACCUUGGUCUGCUCGACCGUCUGGCACACAAUGAAUGCCGUUGCCGAUGUCGACGCUAUCUCGAUAUUUGCUUGUGUCGAUUACACCGGCAUCUCCCUGCUUAUCGCCGCCUCUAUCAUGACAACUGAGUACACGGCCUUUUACUGCGAUCCUAUCAGUCGGUGGAUCUACAUGUGCCUGACGGCCUUCCUCGGAAUAGGAGGCGUCAUCCUCCCAUGGCACCCUCGGUUUAACGGCGCCGACAUGGCAUGGGCCCGCGUUGCCUUUUAUGUUGGCCUGGCCUUGACCGGCUUCAUGCCCAUGGUUCAGCUCGGGUGGACUCACGGGCCAGACUUUGUCUACGACUUUUACUCUCCUAUCUCCAAAUCCAUGUUUGUCUAUUUCACGGGCGCCGUGGUCUACGCCAGCAAGAUCCCCGAGCGAUGGUUCCCCGGCUGCUUCGACUACGUGGGUGGAAGCCACAACCUCUGGCAUGCUGCUGUCCUCGGUGGCAUCCUUUUCCACUACACAGCCAUGCAAAGUUUCUUUGCUAAUGCUUUCCUCCGAGCGGAGGCUGGUUGCCCUUCGUACUAG